AUGGCAACCGUUCGGAUUUGCGUCUGCGGAGACGAAGGGACUGGCAAGUCCAGCCUCAUUACCUCCCUGGUGAAAGGUGUCUUCGUUACAAACAAGAUCCAACCGGUUCUUCCUCAGAUCACAAUACCACCUACCCUCGGAACUCCCGAAAAUGUCACCACUACGACCGUUGUCGAUACAUCUGCCCUACCCCAGGAACGCAACAACCUCGCACGGGAGAUUCGGAAAUCAAACGUCAUUCUCCUAGUGUACUCUGACCACUAUAGCUAUGAACGGGUAGCUUUGUUUUGGCUGCCAUACUUUCGUUCAUUGGGUGUCAAUGUCCCGGUGGUACUGUGCGCAAACAAGUCUGAUCUCGGGACUGGUCACACCCAGGUGGUCGAGGAGGAGAUGUUACCGCUGAUGGCAGAGUUCAAAGAGAUUGACUCGUGUAUUCGCACCAGUGCACGGGAACAUCGAAACGUGAACGAAGCAUUCUUCGUCUGCCAGAAGGCUGUAACCCAUCCAAUCGCACCUUUGUUCGACUCGAAGGAAUCGGCUUUGAAACCUGCGGCAGUGGCAGCUCUUCAGCGGAUUUUCUAUCUCUGUGAUAAAGAUCGAGACGGUUAUCUUUCCGACAAAGAGAUCAAAGAUUUCCAAACUCGCUGCUUCGGGAAGCCCCUGAAUGAAGAGGACCUUGUCCACAUCAAAGACACCAUUCAAAAGACCUUGACAGAAUCAGUGACACAGUCCGGCAUCGAUUGCCAAGGCUUCAUUCAUUUGAAUAAGCUAUAUGCAGAGAAGGGACGCCAUGAAACCGUCUGGAUCAUUUUGCGAGCCUUCCAGUACACGGAUAACCUUUCGCUGCAAGAGAAAUUCCUGCAUCCUAAAUUUGAAGUUCCACCUUUUGCUUCUGCGGAACUAUCACCCGAAGGAUAUCGUUUCUUCGUCAAUCUGUUCUUGUUAUCUGACAAGGAUAAUGAUGGGGGGUUGAACGAAGUCGAGCUUGCAUCAUUAUUUGCCCCCACCCCUGGCUUGCCUGCAUCUUGGGCCGAUGGCUCGUUCCCGUCGUCUACCGUCCGAAACGAAGCAGGACAUGUGACUCUACAGGGUUGGCUUGCUCAGUGGAGUAUGACCACUUUCCUCCACCCAAAGACCACUUUGGAGUACUUGGCAUACUUGGGCUUUGAGCCAUCCGACCAAAGCGAUGAAUCUAUUACGGCAGCAUUGAAAGUAACACGGCCACGCAAAAGGCGCCGGCGCCCUGGUCGUGUGGGACGAAAUGUGGUCCAAUGCCAUGUUUUGGGAGCCCCCGGUUCCGGCAAAUCGGCCUUACUCGAUGCGCUCCUCUCGCGUGGCUUCAGUACAACUUAUCAUCCUACCAUUCAACCCCGCACCGCAGUCAACACCGUCGAGCUUCCUGGCGGAAAGCAGUGUUAUCUGAUCUUGGAUGAACUUGGUGAAUUGGAGCCUGCUCUCCUUGAAAACCAGGCAAAAUUACUGGACCAGUGCGACGUCAUUGCGUACACAUAUGACUCCUCGGACCCAGACUCUUUUGCUUACAUCCCGGCCUUGUGGGCGAAGUAUCCUCAUUUAGAAGAGCUGCCAAGUGUAUUUGUUGCCCUCAAGGCUGACUUGGAUCGGACAACCCAGCGAGCCGAGCACCAGCCCCAUGAAUACACGGCCAUGUUGAACAUGCCUAGUCCACCUCUUCACGUGAGUGUGACUUGGAAUUCCAUUCAGGAAGUGUUUGUCCACAUCGCAGAGGCUGCUAUGGAGCCAAGUACCGCUUUCCCUCGCAGCGAAGAGGACGUUGAGGGCAAAUGGAUGUCAUGGGGAAUUGCCCUCGGGGCUGUGGUUUGCGCUGGUGCCGCAGCAGUGAUGAUCUGGCGACGCAGCGGAAACUAG